AUGGACCGACGAGAAGUCCUAUCGAAAGGCUCUGCGCUGCAGAAGGCCAUUGCCGCGAAAGAGCCCUCAGAAAACAUCAUGACCGUAUUACGCGACCUCAAAGCGAAUGUCAGGCCCACGGAAGAAUUGUUAAGAGCUACGGGAAUUGGCAAGAUCGUGAAUAAAGUCAAAGGCGUUCCCAACCUGGACCCGCAAGUCGCACAACUGGCCUCCGAGAUAAUAAGCAGAUGGAGACAUGUGGUUAACGAGCAAAAGCUGGCAAGCGGCACUUCCACACCAACCGGCGUCCGAACAAAUGGCACAAGUUCUCCAGCUCCCAAGGCAGCGACACCCACCCCGAAAGCGGCCAGCCCAGGUGUUGCACCGGACAAGCGGAAUUGGAAGGCCGACAAGAUCCGUCGCGACGAGAUUACGAGCGAUCCUGCACGGAACAACUGCAUUUGCCUCAUCUACGACGGUCUCUGUCUAGGUUCCGAGCUGCCGGUGAAGCAAAUCCUCGAGCUAGCCCAGCAAGUCGAAUCUGCCGCGCUCAACCUGCCCGAGGCCAAGGGCUCGUCUAGUUCGCCUGUGUACAAGGACAAGGUCCGCUCGCUGUACCAGAAUCUCAAGAACAAAUCGAAUCCGGGCCUCAGGAAGCGCAUUUUGAUCGGCGAGGUCACAGCAGCCCGAUUCGUCACCAUGACCCACGAGGAGAUGAAGUCAAAGCAGCAGCGGGAGGAGGAUAUGAAGAUUGCGAAGGAAAACAUGGACAAGGCGAUGGUCGCGCAGGAGGAGAAGAGCGUCAGUACGAGUCUAGAGUGCGGCAAGUGUCACCAGAAGAAGGUCAGUUACUCGCAGGCGCAGACGAGGAGUGCCGAUGAACCGAUGACAACGUUUUGCGAGUGUAUGAACUGUGGCAAUAGGUGGAAGUUCUCUUAG